AUGGCUGCUAUCAACAAAAUGGCUGGUACCUCGGUGGAUCCAGAGCAAGAAGAGAGGAUCUUUUUGGAAGAAGUUGCUGCUGUUAAGAAAUGGUGGGAAGAUGAGAGAUGGAGAUAUACCAAGAGACCAUUUACUGCUGAGCAAAUUGUGGCAAAGAGGGGAAAUUUAAAGAUUGAAUACCCAAGCAAUGCACUUUCAAAAAAGCUUUGGGGUAUCUUGGAGGAUAGAUUCAAGAAUAAAGAUGCUUCUUUUACUUAUGGUUGCUUGGAACCUACCAUGUUGACUCAAAUGGCAAAAUUCCUCGAUACAGUUUAUGUUUCUGGAUGGCAAUCAUCAUCUACUGCAUCUUCCUCCGAUGAACCUGGUCCAGAUCUCGCAGAUUACCCAUACACUACAGUUCCCAACAAAGUAGCCCAUCUCUUCAUGGCGCAACUCUUCCACGACCGCAAACAACGAGAAGAGCGCGUAAUGACCGCCUCGAAAGCCGAUCGUGCCAAGCUUCAAAACGUCGAUUAUCUCCGUCCCAUUAUCGCAGAUGGAGAUACCGGUCAUGGAGGUCUUACUGCCGUUAUGAAAUUGACAAAAUUGUUUGUGGAGAAGGGAGCUGCGGGUAUUCAUAUUGAGGAUCAAGCUCCUGGUACUAAGAAAUGUGGACAUAUGGCUGGAAAGGUCCUUGUACCUAUCAGUGAACAUAUUAAUCGUUUGGUUGCCAUUCGUGCUCAGGCUGAUAUUAUGGGCUCCGAUCUUAUCUCUAUUGCUCGUACAGAUGCCGAAGCUGCAACCUUAAUCACAACCACCAUCGACCCGCGCGACCACCCCUAUAUUCUCGGCUCAACAAACGCUAAUCUCAAACCCCUCAACGAUCUAAUGCUGGCUGGUGAGCGAGCCGGUAAAACUGGUGCUCAACUCCAAGCCAUCGAAGAUGAAUGGACAGCACAAGCCGAUCUCAAACUUUAUAACGACGCCGUCGUCGCCGCCAUAAAAUCCAAUCCUAGCAACACCCAAGCCGACGAUCUCAUUUCCAAAUUCUUAAACGAUGUAAAGGGAAAGAGUAAUUCCGAAGCAAGAGCACUCGCCAAAUCAAUCGCUGGUGUAGAGAUUCAUUGGGAUUGGGAUGCUCCACGUACAAGAGAAGGAUACUACAGAUUAAAAGGUGGAUGUGGCUGUGCCAUCAACCGCGCCAUCGCUUACGCCCCCUACACUGACGCAGUCUGGAUGGAAUCCAAAUUGCCAGACUACAACCAAGCCGCUGAAUUCGCUGCAGGUGUCCACGCCGUCUACCCAGAACUAAAACUCGCCUACAACCUCUCUCCAUCCUUCAACUGGAAAGCCGCCAUGCCACGCUCAGAACAAGAAACUUAUAUUCAACGUCUAUCUAAAUUAGGAUACUGUUGGCAAUUUAUUACAUUAGCAGGUCUACACACCACUGCACUUAUCUCCCAUCAAUUUGCGGAGAAAUAUAGUACGAUGGGUAUGAGAGCCUAUGGGGAAUUGGUUCAGGAACCUGAAAUGGACUUUGGAGUUGAUGUGGUGAAGCAUCAGAAAUGGUCUGGAGCAAAUUACGCAGAUGAGUUAUUGAAGAUGGUUACUGGAGGUGUAAGUAGUACGAGUGCGAUGGGUAAGGGUGUUACGGAGGAUCAAUUUCAUUAG